AUGAUACAUUUCCUCGACUCCUUUUUGAAAUCACUUUUUAAUUUUGGCUCGGUGAACAUGAAAUAUUUCGCCAUUACUUUUGUGGCCCUCUCGGUGUUGUGUGUCCGCCGCGGUGAGCACGCAGAGAGCGGUUCUGCAGCAGACAAGGCUGACCGCGUCAGCUGCCUUAAUGAGUUCAACGACGUGCGAGUACACGCUGGCCUUGACCCUUUUACUACGGAGACAGAUGAGCAAAAGAAAUUGCCCCUCACCAACUCCGAGUAUAUCAAAACGGUUUGUAGCACUAUGAGGGAGGGACGAACAUUCACUCCCGAGGACGUUGUCUAUAGAAGAGAGGGCACGUAUGCUUACUCUAGCCAGAGUGGGGAGUCUGGCGACUGCUCUAUUGCCGUUAAGUACUGGAGUGGGGCGUGGGUAAACUUCGGCGAUCUUCCAGCCAUGUACACCAGCGAUAAAGGAGGGAUCUACGCAAGAUCUCGCAACAGGUCAUUUGUGGUGCUUUUCAAUCCUAAUGAGGGAGCGACCAUGGACUGUGCUUUCUUUGUCUGCCCUCCACCCACAUCAACUACGACUCCUACCCCGGCACAGAUGGGGAGCACGGAUCGUACUUUCGAAAGCUCAGUUCGGCAGGACAAGCGCCACAAGCAAAAGGGAAGAAGGCCGAAAACUCUGAAUUCAUCAUAG